ACACAUCGGAGAGUAUACAGGUCUAUAAAGCUUUACCCGUUCAAACGUUAAUUGUUAGAAGGAAGGAAGAGAUCACGGAGCCCCUCGUGUUGAUGCCUUUGUUUCACGUGAAAGUGUCAAGUUUUUCCGAAGGUGACCAUGUCCGCAAAAUCCAUCAUGCUUUGCUUUCAGCUGGAAGAAACACAGACAUCGGAUGACGAUGUGCUAAACAAGCUCAAGGGUGUACCGGAAAUGUGUCUAUCCGGCCCUGUAAUUGACGUCAUCACACGGAAUUUUGGGAAAUCCCAAGGCCAUAUGGUCGUGGCAAUGUCUGAAGAUGGAAGUCACGUGACAGUGAGGAUGUAUCCUACAGGCCUCGUGACGGUAGACGUACAACGACUAGUGGAGGGCGACUCGUCGACACCUAAUAACAAAGAUAUAGCCGUAGUGAAAAACUUGGAGGUGAAACUGAAGAAAUAUUUCGGCAGUCUAUGCAAGUUUAGUCGCAGUAUCCUUGGCCAGAUCUGUCGCGGCGAAGUGUGUCCCUACUUCUCAUCCGGGGAGGAUCUUCUGUUUGAAUACGGAUCAUUGAAACUAGUCUGCGAGAAAGAAUCAAAAUGGCAGAACAUCAAAAUCUACCACUCGGAGAAGUUUGGAAACAUGUUGUGUUUGGAUGAUGAUCUCAUGUUAGGAGAAAGUGACCUUAUAUACACACAGACUCUCUUGGGUGUCGGGCGUAACGACUUCCGGGACAAAACAGUGCUUAUUCUCGGAGGUGGGGAUGGGGGUCUCCUGUAUGAGCUACUCAAGAUGGAGCCACGACACGUGCUUAUGGUGGAGAUUGACGAGGAAGUGAUCAAAGCGUGCUCCACGUAUAUGAGAGACGUCUGUCACGAAGUCCUGGAGAAAUACGAAGGACCAAACCACAAGAUUCAGAUUGGAGAUUGUAUGGACGUUCUCCGGGAGAGUGUUGCAUCAGGGAGGAAAUUUGAUUACGUCAUCAAUGACCUCACAGAGUUUUUAGUCGGCACGGAAAACUCGUAUAUAUAUGACCUAGAGACAUCUUCUCAUAGUUUAGAAUUUUCCAUGAAGAUUCUUAACAAGGGAGGGAAAUACUUGUCACGGGGAAACACUGUGCGUGCCAAAAACUACACUGACAAGUUUGAGGCUGACAUCCGGGCUCUACAGCUUGAAUUUAGUCGGUUUGAGGUUGACGUGCCUUCAUUCCAGGAAACCUAUUGCCUUUACGAAGUAUGGAAACCAUAGCAACCGACAAACCAGAUUUUUUUUAAUUGACAUUUUGUAACUUACUUUUUCUUUUAAAAUUUAGUGAUUUUUUCUAAAAAAAAUGUCGUUUUAACAUUUGUAUUAAUGAAUUAUAUGCAGAAAUUCACUAUUGUUUAUUGAUUAGCAACAACAAACAACUUAGAACCAAGUGUCAAGAGAAAAGGAAUUUAGGAAAGCUAUGCAAUAUUGAUAUGGAGAAUACACACUGUGAUUUUGAUAUAAUAGUAUCCAUUUUUUUGUUGAAAUUUGUAUUUCUUGACGCAAUAGAUUAUGUUAACAGUACAUUUUUACCCAAAUCGUGGACAUAUUAGAUGGUUAAGAAAUUACUUUAAUUUUAACAUGGUGGUGUCUUUCUUGAAGUUUAAAUUUUCAAAUAUUUUCUUUAAUGAUAGGAAAUUGCAAUAUUUUAAGAGAGAGAAAACAAACAAACAAGCAAAACACUGGCAAUAUUUACAGAACUUUUCAACUGAAGCGUAACAGGCUAGCGAUACACGUAAAGACAUACUUGUUCGGUGUACCAGCGUAUCGUAUGCUGGAGUUCUGAGGGACCAAUAUGUGUAGAAGAAGUCAUUAUAUUUUUUUUUCAAUGCCACUGCUGGGAUUCGAACCCGGGACCUCAGACUCACUUGAUUCAAGUUCGCAACAUCGAGCUAAUUGCGGUUAGUAUUUACCAGGAUUGUACAUUUAGUUUGAAAAAAAAUUAGAAAUAUGGUUAAGUAAGUUUUUUUCCAACUUUUUGAAAACUUCUCCGAAAAACAACAGGACCAUGCGAUCUGAUCCAUAAUGGUACCCUAUUGUAAGGAAGGCAACUCUAGUAGAGAUUGACAAACAUACAGGGUUUUUGGAGCAAAAAUUCCAAAAUCUACCAUACAUAUCUGAUGUUUAUAAAUGGCAAAUGCAUUUUCUUUUAUCAUAAAAUAUUUCUAUCUAUGCACGAUUUAUUUAAUACUCAAACCGUAGUUUUAAUGUUUAAUUAGAAUUGAUAAAAGUGUGUUUUAUGAGCGUGAUUUGGAGUGGAUGUGUUUUAAUAUGAGUAAUUGAGCGCGUGAAUUUUACUCGUAGUUGGUUUUAAAUUAACUACUUAAUCUAUUUUUCACUUUCAUAUCCACGGUAAAAAUAAAAUUGAGCGUUGAA